AUGACGGAAUAUCGUCCACAACAUGAGUGCGGAUACACUAAUGGUGACGGAGGUAAUCACCCUGUUCCACAAACGCCCGGUUUUUAUCCACAAACACCGUAUCAUUGCACUGGCCCAACAUCGAUUAACAGCUGGCAGCAUCACUCGGGUAACAGCUGGCAGCAUCACUGGGGUAACGACUGCGGCGAUCCCCGGGAUCGGCCACCGGAUCACCAACCAUUUCCACAUCCGUUAUCAGCUCAUCACCAACCAUUUGCACCAUCGCAUCAUCCGUUAUCAGCUCAUCACCAACCAUUUGCACCAUCGCAUCAUCAACCAUUUCCACCAUCGCCUCACCAACCAUUUCCACACCCGCCCACACCGUUACUACAACCCCCCUCGCGAACGGAAAUGUAUAGCUCAAAACCAGAUUAUCAACAACCAUUUCCACAUCCGCCCACACUGUUAUUGCUUGCAAAACCAGAUCAUCAACAAACAUUUCCACAUCCGCCCACACCGUUACAACCCCCCGAGCAAACGGAAAUGUAUAGCUCAGACCAAAAACCUUGUCCAAGCUGGCGGAAAAAGGUUGCCGUUGACAUCAUGAAACGGGCAUCAUCGAAGCGAAAGUACGCAAAUGCCUCAUUCAAUAAACAGUCGGAAUUUUCCCUGCUAUGCGAUUGCUCAUCACCCCACCAAUUCUUUACCCAUAGAUUCUAUGGGUAUUCGAUCGGCAAGAAACAGGGCAUUGGUCAAUUGAGACUGGAGCCAAAUUUUGACAAAAAGUUCAUGGAUCAAAUUAAUUUCGUUGAGACUAUUGGCAAUGAGGAACUAAUCGAGCCAAGAUACUCGGUGGAUGAAAUUACAAGACAAAUAGAAUUGGUCUUUCUUUCGUAUCACCUUGUUUCAGUGCUGUACCAUCAUAUUAUGGGUUCACAGGUUUCUCCUGUGGUAAUGCUUCCGUAUGCAAGGGGAUGGAUGGAAGUUACCGGAGGAGAAAAAGAAUGCUGGGCAUCACUGCUUCAGCUAGUUGUAUUCCUUCAGAAAGAUACUAUAAAGGAAAAUGGAAAAUCGGCAAUCUCGGCCGCCUUUCGUUCGGCAAAUCCACGUUGGUUUGGACUAGAGCUGGAUUACUACCUGCGUGAAGAAAGGAUGUUGGAGAAUCACAGGGAUAAGCAACGUGAUAUUUUCACUACGACUGAUAGUCUUGUAGCGGUUCUUGCUGGGGCAUACCAAAAGUCGCGAAGCCAAUCGAGGGCUUUGUUUAGCCAAGAGGGCAUACACACAACCAAGGGACGAAUGCCAACUUCUGUAGAUGUUGGAUGUGACCCAGCAUUGUUCUUCAACAAUGUGGUCAUGCUCCGGAUAACUGUCUUAGCCAAAAUUGACUGUUGGAGAGUCAAAGUCAAAGGGCGCAAGGCAAGCGUGCAAAAACUAAGACUGCACAAGAAACGACGUGUCAAGGCAACGAUAUCACAAGGGGACAUAAAAGCAAAAGUGGAAAAAGAUGAAAAUGGAGAGACUGAACCAAAAAAGAAGGUGGAAAAGGUGGAAAAAGACGAAAGUGAAGAGAAUGAAAAGGUGGAAAAAGACGAAAGUGAAGAGAAUGAAAAGGUGGAAAAAGACGAAAGUGAAGAGAACGAAAAGGUGGAAAAAGACGAAAGUGAAGAGAAUGAACUGAAACCGGUGAAAAAAGACGAAAGUGAAGAGAAUGAACUGAAACCGGUGAAAAAAGACGAGAGUGAAGAGAAUCAACUUAAAAAGAAGGUGGAACAGGUGGAAAAAGACGAGAGUGAAGAGAAUCAACUUAAAAGGAAGGUGGAACAGGUGGAAAAAGACGAAAGUGAAGAGAAGGAACCUAAAAAGAAGGUGGAACAGGUCGAAAAAAACGAACCUUUAGUGAUAAAAGAUGACCCUGGGACACAAGAUACACAAGAGACACAAGAUGGCACCUCGGAGGUGUCACAUACUGAUUAUUCCGCGCUUCCGGAGGAGCAGUGGGAGCCUAUGCGUGUCAACGAUGUCAUUGAAUACAAAACCCAAGUGGGGCAAAGUGAAACGGUAAAAACAGUUGUUGUUGGCAUUGAGCCUCGGAACGCUUAUCCCUUGGUCUUGAAAAACAAUCAGUUGGUAGAUGCGUUUACACACGUUCGACGAAUUGGUGCAUUUGAUGGCACCAGAAUCAUUCCGCUGGUCAAGAGCGAUGGUGAUUCAAUCAUACGACAUCUUGGCUAUUCUAAGCUGAUCUCGUGUUUUCGUUUGGAGGUAUGUGGAACCGAACAUAUCAACAAUAAACAGGGUAUGGAAGAAGCCAAGAAAAAAAUCAAGAAAACAUUAAAUGAGAUGAAAGAAGGGGCAAUGGCCGCUUUCAAUAAGGUUCCAGAUGAAAUCACGACCAAGCCUGUCAAGAAUGCCGAUGAAGAUGUUGAUGAUGAUUCAGAUGAAAUCACUAUUGAGCCUGUCAAUGAUGAUUGCAAUGGUGUUGCUGAAAAAGAUGUUGUUGACGAUGGAAUUGAAGAUGUGGUGCUGGGAGCGGACGAAGACAUGGCGGUCAUGGGUGUUAAGGAGGGGGACGAUCUUAUAUCUCUAGGUGAGAUCUCUUUUGUUGUUGACGGCAACGAUGAAGAUGAAGAAGAUGAGAAUGGUGAUAAUGAUGAUGAAGACGAAGAUGAGAAGGAUAAAGAAGACGACUUGUCCAUGGAUGAAGACGAAGAUGAGAAGGAUAAAGAUGACGACUUGUCCAUGGAUCCAUUUAAUUUCCUUAAGCCAUUGUCAAGAAAUGAAAAAAAAAGGUACGAUCGGUUCUUUCGUGGCCACAAAAAACAAGAUGACAACAAAACAAUUGGCCCCGACAAAUUAUGCAUUGGGUCAAUAAAAACACUUGGUGAUGGGCAAUGGGUCAGCGCAGAAAUCAUCAAGACAUUUUUGUUAAGGGUUGAAGAGAACAGAAAGUCAAGCAGCCCUUCCAGGACUUGCUUACUUGACCCGGUUCUGUUUACUGAUCUGAUUGUCCAUGUUGCAAGAGAUGCAGAGACGAAUCGUUUCAAAAAAGUGGUGUCUGGAGGUCAAUUGGGUAUCCUCUACAAGAAGGCAAGGUUCAGUAGAACAUUGAAAAGAAACAGAGUGGACUGUGUGAUUGAUUUAGAAAAACUUAUUAUUCCGGUAAAUCACCACGGAUGCCACUGGUUCCUCAUUGUUGCGUACAUGAAAGAGAAGCGAAUUCAGGUUUACGAUUCUAUGGCUGGCUUGAGCAGAAUGAUGUAUCUGAAAGUUCUGCUGAAGUACAUAAGAAAAAACUAUGAAGAGAAUAAAGGCAAGAAAAUGCGGGGUUGGAAGAAAUGGAAGCUUCUAGAAACAGACAAGAAAAUGACCCCGCAACAAUGCAAUGGUCAUGAUUGUGGGAUUUUUACGUGCUUGGCGGCUGAGCGCAUAUAUAGAGGUGCGGAACUAGACUACAAACAAUCCGAGGUUAGUAAUAUCAGGAAGAGAAUUGCCCUUUACACUCUUCAAAGUAAUAAAUAG